UCCCGGAGUCCACCCUCCAGUGAGACUCUCCACACACAAACACUUCACUCUAAAUGUCCGCGUUCUCGUUGGUUCCACCUCGUCUCAAGAUGUCCGGAGGCCGCAGAGCUUCAGUCACGGCCGCUGUGUUUUUCUUCUUCAUUCUUUGCGACUUUUUACUGAGUUCACAGGCGCAAACACCGACUCCCUCUCCGGCUCCGGUCACUUGUGGCCAGAGAUCCAACACCAGCUGUGAAGAAUGUUUGAAAAAUGUGACUUGUUUGUGGUGCAGACCAACCCAACAAUGCAUGGACUACCCAGUGAGGAACAUCCUGCCCCCAGGCAGCGUGUGUCCUCUGACUGAUGCACGAUGGGGCGUUUGUUGGGUCAACUUCCAGAUUCUGAUCAUCACCAUGUCAGUGCUGGCCGGUGUCAUCAUCAUCGGCGUCCUUAUUUGCUGCUUCUGCUGUUGCAAAUGUGAAAGAACUGGAAACAAGAGAGAAGACGCCAAGGUGGAGCGACAAACUCAUGCAAGAAAGGCUCGUCAGAAAGCGAGGAGAUCAGAAAUGCAGUUGAGACAUGACGAGAUCAGGUCGAAAUAUGGUGUGGCAAAGGAUAAUCCGUACGCACGUAUGGACGACCAUUAAGAAGAAUCACAGACAUAACUUCUUUUUAUUUAAGGAAAAAAUAAAUCCUAUCAUAAGAUGAUCUUAUUGAUGCCAGUAACAUUGAAAGAUAUUAGGUGUCAUUAUGCAGAUUAAUUUCAUUAAUGGCAGAAAAAAGUCACUAAAAUGUUUUUGCAAUCAUUUUUGACACAUGAUCUGCUUAUCUAAUGUUUUUUUUUUGUUUGUUUUUUUCAUUUUGAUGUGAAUGAUUGUGUGAAAAUACACUCCUUUAACUUA